UCCGCGUACGUCAAUUGAAUUCAAAACGUCAGAGAGCGCGUACGGAGCGAUCUAAGCGAAUCCAAGUGAACAAGAGGAAAUUGUGUAAAAAGUUAAUUGUGAAAUUGCGAUAUUUUGUGAAAGAUAUUGUGAAGAAGCGUAAAUAGAAAUACUAUUCAAGAUGCCUGAGGAAACACAAGAAGUCGAGACCUUCGCAUUCCAAGCUGAGAUUGCUCAGCUUAUGUCCUUGAUCAUCAACACAUUCUACUCGAACAAGGAAAUCUUCCUCCGAGAAUUGAUCUCCAACUCUUCGGAUGCCUUGGACAAGAUCCGAUAUGAAUCUCUCACGGACCCCAGCAAAUUGGACAGCGGCAAGGAGCUGUACAUCAAGAUCAUCCCCAACAAGGCUGCCGGCACCCUGACCAUCAUUGAUACUGGUAUCGGCAUGACCAAGGCUGAUUUGGUCAACAACCUCGGUACCAUCGCCAAGUCCGGCACCAAGGCCUUCAUGGAAGCCUUGCAGGCUGGCGCUGACAUCAGCAUGAUUGGUCAAUUCGGUGUGGGUUUCUACUCUGCUUACUUGGUCGCCGACAAGGUCACAGUCACGUCGAAGCACAACGAUGACGAGCAAUACACCUGGGAGUCUGCUGCCGGUGGCUCAUUCACUGUCUCCAACGACCACUCUGAGCCAUUGGGACGUGGUACCAAGAUCGUCCUGCACAUCAAGGAAGAUCAAAUGGAAUACUUGGAAGAAGCCAAGAUCAAGUCCAUCGUUACCAAACACUCGCAGUUCAUUGGCUACCCCAUCAAAUUGUUGGUAGAGAAGGAGCGCGAGAAGGAAGUCAGUGACGAUGAAGCCGAGGGUGAAGACAAGGAAAAGGAAGAGAAGAAGGAAGGCGAAGGCGAUGAGCCAAAACUCGAAGAUGUCGGUGAGGACGAGGAUGCCGACUCCGCAGACAAGAAGAAGAAAAAGAAGACCGUUAAGGUCAAGUACACCGAGGAUGAGGAAUUGAACAAAACCAAGCCCAUCUGGACCCGCAACGCCGACGAAAUCACCAAGGAAGAGUACGGCGAAUUCUACAAAUCCUUGACCAACGACUGGGAAGACCAUUUGGCCGUCAAGCACUUCUCCGUCGAAGGUCAGCUCGAAUUCCGUGCCCUCCUCUUCGUCCCACGCCGCGUUCCAUUCGAUCUCUUCGAGAACAACAAGAAGCGCAACAACAUCAAAUUGUACGUGCGCCGAGUCUUCAUCAUGGACAACUGCCAGGACCUCAUCCCCGACUACUUGAACUUCAUCAAGGGCGUCGUCGACUCCGAGGACUUGCCAUUGAACAUUUCUCGUGAAAUGCUCCAACAAAACAAGAUCUUGAAGGUCAUCCGCAAGAACUUGGUCAAGAAAUGCUUGGAACUCUUCGAGGAGCUGGCUGAAGACAAGGAAUUGUACAAGAAGUUCUACGACCAGUUCAGCAAGAACUUGAAACUCGGCGUGCACGAAGACAGCCGCAACCGUGCCAAACUCGCUGAUUUCCUCCGAUUCCACACAUCGGCCUCCGGCGACGAAUACUGCUCCUUGAACGAUUACGUCAGCCGCAUGAAGGAGAACCAGAAGCACAUCUACUUCAUCACUGGUGAAAGCAAGGAUCAAGUUGCCAACUCGGCCUUCGUUGAACGCGUCAAGAAACGUGGCUUCGAGGUCGUCUACAUGACUGAACCAAUCGAUGAAUACGUUAUCCAACACCUGAAGGACUACCAAGGCAAGUCCCUUGUGUCCGUAACCAAGGAAGGUUUGGAACUCCCAGAAGACGAGGCCGAGAAGAAGAAGCGCGAGGAGGACAAGGCCAAGUUCGAAGGCCUCUGCAAGGUCAUGAAGUCGAUCUUGGACAACAAAGUUGAGAAGGUCGUAGUCUCGAACCGUCUCGUCGACUCGCCCUGCUGUAUCGUAACCUCGCAAUACGGCUGGUCCGCCAACAUGGAGCGUAUCAUGAAGGCCCAGGCCCUCCGCGACUCGUCCACCAUGGGCUACAUGGCCAGCAAGAAGCACCUCGAAAUCAACCCCGACCAUCCAAUCAUCGAGAACUUGCGCCAGAAGACCGAAGCCGACAAGAACGACAAGUCUGUCAAGGAUCUGGUCAUCCUGCUGUUCGAGACCUCGCUCCUCUCGUCUGGAUUCUCCCUGGACGAUCCUCAGGUGCACGCCUCACGCAUUUACCGCAUGAUCAAGCUGGGCUUGGGCAUCGACGAGGACGAACCAAUGGCCACCGAGGAGGCUCCCGCCAGCACCAACAGCGAGAUGCCACCACUCGUCGACGACUCCGAGGACGCUUCCCACAUGGAGGAAGUUGACUAAACGGCGACGAUCUCUAGUUUCCUAGUCUUUAGAGAAAAUCAAAUUUCGAGCGAGUGUUGAAACGAUUUUUUUGCCGCGUUGUAGUGGUGUGCAAGGAGCCAAGGACUGUGUGGGACUGCGAGACGAACGAGCGCGUUAGGGGUUAGCUAAAAAUGGAAAAUAUUGUUAAGACUUAAUUUACUGUAGUUUCUGUUCACAUUACCAAAUAUUUAAAGUAAUUUCACGCCGAGUUGCGGAUCCAACUCUCAUUCAUUCCUUGAUUUCUUACCGUUUGUACAUUUCCGUUCACGAAUUUAAUUUUACGUUCAUGAUGGCAUGAUCAACACUUGAAGUGUACUAAGUUAUUUUCUAGAUCGUAAUAAAUUGACAAAUCAUUCGAAA